AUAUAAAGAGAUGUAAACAAAUUGAUCAAAACAUGUGUCAAAAAUAUAUUGACGAAAAGAAAGUACUCUUCAAGAAUAAUGGCUGGUAACGAACAACAAGGACGACAAGAAGAAAUAGAUCGUCAAAUAGCUGCUGCUUUAGAUUAUGAACAACAAAGAUAUGAAAAUAAUCAUGGACAUUGUGGUCGUCAUCAAGCUCAUGGUCAUCAUUUGAAUCAUUUGAAUUUUCAGGGUCAUCAUGAACACCAUGGUCAUCACGGACAUCAUGGUCAUCACGGUCAUCUCGGACAUCAUUUUGGUCAUCAUGGGCAUCAUUUUGGUCAUCAUGGACAUCAUGGACAUCAUUUUGGUCAUCAUGGUUGUCGCAAUGAUAGCUUACAUCAUUAAUUCGAUUCCUUUUCUUAAUUUCUUAUCAGUGAUCUUGUCAUACCGCACAAGCAAUGCAAAUUCAAACGAAGAAAUGUUGCGAACAGAGAUUUGUUUUGUCAUUUUUUUUUGCAAAUUUGAAUAAAAAAUGUUAAGAAAGGAAAA